AUGUCUGAACUUUUUUCAACAGGCGCAAGCAUCGCAUUAUACGGAAUCCAAGUAGUUGAUGGUUUGGAUGAGACAUCAGCCAGCGAAACCGCAACAACUUCAGAUGUGUUAACCAUCUCAAACACCAACCAACUUCUUGAAAGUUCCACUUCCUGCAACAAACUCGCAACUGAUGACACCAAUGUUGUUGUGGCGGUUGAUGUCAAUAAUCACAGCACCACUUAUGUCGACGUGGCAGCCGAUGUUGAUGCCAACAAUCUCAACACAACUCAAUUCACUUGCUUGAAUAGAAAACUUCCGAAUGGUCCAACCAUCCCUCGUGUUGAUCAGCUAUGCAACUCAUCAACAAAUCCAACACCUCAACAAAACCACCACAACAACAUCCACCACCCACCACUCACAUCUGAAGACCAUUUCAACAAGCAACCAUCAGACGAAGUUCUACACAAUGAAUUCGUUUGGAAGAGAGACACUUACAGAGACAAAUUGUUGGAAGGCUUGCAACCUGCAACCAACAAUCACAGGAAGACAAAAUAUAAUCAAAAAUCUUCUACAGUCGGUGUAUCUCAGAUGAAUAAUUUUGUGAACGUGAGAAGGAAGUUGAUUGAAGACGAUUCAAGUGAUGGUCACCCGGAAGACGUGGGCAGUUCAGUUGACCGACCUGGUGUGGAAGUGCUCGAAGAUGUCAACAACAAUCUUAGUUGGGUUGAUAACUUCAAUGUGGAUUGGCAUGCUAGGCAAAACAAGAAGAAGCAACAAAAUAUGGGAUCAUCGAAAUCGCAUUCAACCAGCCUGCAAUCCACACCACAACAAUUAUCCGCUUCAACAACAACUUUCAGUUCCACAGUUUCAACUGCAUCAUCGCCAGCAACAUCAUCUAAAACGUCAUCUUCAGCAACAACAUCAGCGAAAAAAAUUACAAGCAAUUCAAAAGUUACUCCACACAAGACAACUUCAUUCGUUGAUGAGGUGACUAAAUCCACACGGCCACAUGCACUGCAAGGGAAUGGUGCAAUUAAAAACGGUGGCGUGUUUAAACAUUCAACUUUGUUAAAUGCCUCACCAGAUGGCAGUUCGAUCUACGUUGAUGCUGCUGCUUCUGCCACGCUGCUCAAUAAAAAGAAACAAAACAAAAAAGCACUCAACAAAGUUUCGUCCCCCGUUGCUGAAACCAAGUCAUCAUCAUCAUCAUCAUCAUCAACGACAUCAACGUUCAGCAAGACAUCAUUUACACAUCUUUCAUCGAAAACUCAACAGCCUUCAUCACCACCACCAACAACAUCGUCAUCAUCAUCAGGUCCCUUGAAAUCAUCAUCACUUCAUAGCACGAGUAGAAGAGAGUUGAAGAAGAUGAAGAAGUGUCGAUCGAGUGAUGACGUGGUUAAUGACGUGGAUGAUGUUGACGAUGAAAGCAGGAGGAAACACAAUCGCAGAGGCGCUCUCAAGCUCAGCAGCAAGAAAUGGAGAAGUCAUGAUGAUGACAUGAUGGACCUGCCAGGCCACCCACUCAACUACGACGACAUCUUAUGGUGGCCCAUGUUCUCCAUCGGCGUCAUCUUCAUAGCUGGCAUCAUCGCAUUCUGCUUUCGAGACAAGAUCAUCAUGAUCACCUCCAGCCCAUCACACUGGUGGCUGACUUCAUUUUAG